CCAAUUCAUCUCUUCUCCCCCUCCCCUCCCCUCUCUUCUCGACGGAGACACGCACUCACUCUCUCUCUCGCGUCAGAUCCCCUCUCCUCUCUCGCCAUCUCCACCUCCUCCAUUCCACCUCCACUCCCGCUUCCUCCCCCCCACGAUUCGCCGGAAUUCGAGCUCGGCGCGGCGGCGGCUGCGGCGGCGGCGGGGUUUGUUGUGGGGGGCGAGCGGAUCGGCGCAGCCAUGCUUCAGAAGUUCGCGCUCGCGUUCAAGACCAAGACGAUCGAGUUCUUCGCGGAGGAGGAGGAGGACGAGGAUGCUGAUGGCGGUGUCUCCGCGGCGGCGGCGGCGGCGGUGGGGGUGGGGGAAGGUGGCGUGCUGGCUGGUCAGCGGGUGGUGGUGCUCAAGCCCGACACGGUUCAGAGCCCUAACCCUAGCGGGGGGGUGGGGGUGGGGGUGGUGGUGGGUGAGGCGGCUGCGGUGGAGGCGGCGCUCGCGACCGCGUCGUCGUUCCAGGCGGCGUACCUCCACCUGCAGGCGGCCCACGCGCCGUUCCUCCCGGAUGCCGCGGCGGCCGCCGACGCCGCCGCGGUGUCGCACCUGCGGAGGCUGUCGGAGGUGAAGCGGCUCGCGCGGGAUCCCGGCGUCGGCGGCGGCGCGCUCACGGCGCACCUCGAGGCCCAGGUGCGCGAGAACCAGGCGCUGCUGCGGUCGUUCGACGCCGUGGUGAACCGCCUCCAGGCCGCGCUCGACGGCAAGGACGCCGCGGCGGCCUCCCUGCGGAGGGACCACGCCGAGCUCGCCGACGGCAACGCGCGGCUCGGGGCGAGGCUCGACCGCGCACUCGCGCCGCCUCCAGGCGCCGGCGGCGACGACGCCCUCGGCGCCAUGCUCUCCGCCGGCGUCUUCGACUCCGUCCUCCGCGACGCGCUCCGCGUCGCCCACCGCUUCACCCGCUCGCUCGCCGAUCUCCUCCGAUGCGCCGGGUGGGAUCUUGCUGCCGCGGCGGCGGCGGUCUACCCCGGUGUAGCCUACUCCAGGCCUGGUCACUGCCGCUACGCGCUCCUCUCCCGGGUUUGCCUAUCCAUGUUUGAUGGCUUCGAUUCAUACCAAUUUGGUGGUUCAACUGAUGCCACCACACUGGAAGGAAUCGAUCUCGCAAUCCGAAGGAAUGAGUCACUGCAGCAAUUCAUCGAGCACUCAGAUGCAGACCCAAUGGAGCUUAUCAAUUCAAGCCCAGACUGCGAAUUCGCCCAAUUCUGUGACCGGAAGUACAAGCAGCUCAUUCAUCCUGGCAUUGAGUCCUCACUGUUUGGGAAUUCUGAUUGUGGCAAAUUGCCAGUGUUGGGCGUGGCCGGACCACUCUACGAGCUGUUCGUUGCAAUGGCAAGCUCAAUAUGGACACUUCAUAGAUUGGCUUGGGCGUAUGAUCCGGCAGUCGGCAUAUUCCAGAUUGGCCAGGGAGCGGAGUACUCGGUGGUUUACAUGGAGAACAUUGUGCGUUCAAAAGGAUUUUCAGGAAGCAAGGAGCUCGGAAAGAUGAUGCGACCGAAGGUCGGUUUCACGGUGGUGCCGGGAUUUCGGCUCGGUGGGACGGUGAUCCAGUGUAGGGUGUACCUAGAUUGUGGCAAGAGGGAAGGAAUUAUAGGUGAAUGAAAUAAUAUAGUCAAAAAAGAAACUGUACAUUUGGAAAACAAAAGGAGGUUUGUGUAAAGGCGAUCAAGAACAGUGCCAAAAUAACCUUCGGAGAGUCACAGUUGCUGCUCGAUGAGUAGUACAGAAAUAGCUACUUAUCUUUCAUUUUAGUUUUGGUUUGGGUAAAAGCGGGUUAUUCGUGAUUUGUAGUGUUGUACAAAGGCCAUCAGAUUCUGAGAGCUGUGUUCUAACAUUGUCAAAGAGCUAUUUAUCUAAUUAUUUGUAAUUUAUUUCUCUGUAGUUCUAUAAAAAAAAGGUAUAUUUAUGAUUGUGUGCCCCUGUGAA